AUGUUAAAUAUGCCCGCGGUUCGCAAGACCAUGUCAGAGGGCAGUAUCUGCACGAUCCGGAUGCUAAUCUCCUUCGACGAUCGAGCUGUCAACAAGCAGGACUUUGAGUCGGUCCUAGUCAAUAACCUGUCUCUCUCGGUGGGGACACCGGCGCAGGCAACCCACCGCACCCACUCGGAGACAAACCGAUGCUCCCACGCCAUGCACCAUCUUCUCGAUGCCGUCAGGCGUCGUAGGGGCUCGGUCGCCGUCACACACGAGAAACCCCUUCACUGUCGGCAUUCCUCACAAAGGGCAGACGAGUUUUCUGGUUCCGUAGCCUUGAUUACGCAUCACACAGGGCUGCUGCUUGGUUUGCCGAAUACAGAAAAGCAGAAGACAGUCCAUUUCGUCGUUGGCAAGCAGGAUGACGAUGAGGCAGGGAGCCACCACAGUAGAUGGUCUAGGAAGAGCAAGAUAUUCCAACGCCACAGCGCGUGCACCCCGCCAAAGUGCACGGAAGACGAGGUUCUCGCCUUUCCCCUCCGGAGAUCCGUGUCCCUGGGCAAGUUGUCCGAGGGGCUAAACAAGUGCAUGGAUGUGGUGCUGAAGUCCUCGGACAGCAGUUAUCUCGACUUUCAUUCUCUCUACAACAAGAAGACAUUUGGCCGGAGGAUUAGGCGUGUGGCCAGGGGGCUAAAUCUCAAGGACAUGCACUGGCUCUCGAGAAAACAUUCGACAGCAAGCGGCGUGAGCAUAAAGUCCCUCACAAGCUACGAGGCUGCUGACGGUGAAGUGGCUCUCAUGUCGUCUUCGCUCAAGAUUCACACCGAUGUAAGUGCCAGUCUAGUCGCCCCCACGAAGUGCUUCAUUCCUGCUUCGUUGAUUAACUCUCGAGGGUAA